CCGUGUUGACUGACCGUGCCGCUGGUUGCUUUUCUGUGCGGCCGAGCUUCGACGAACGCGAGGAGCGGAGCCGGUUUGUUUGUUUCUUUUAAGCUGUAGAUUGGCGUGCAAUGCCGUCUAAAAGGGCCAAAUCUUGCUUUGUGCCGAACUGUAACAGCGGUUACCAGUCUUGCAAAGAGAAAGUGCCGCUGUUCCGUGCCCCGAAAGACGCCGAGCGCUUGGAGGCAUGGUCCCGGAACAUCAAGCGUGCGGACAGAACCCUCGACAGUACGUGUGUGGUGUGUGCGAAACACUUUGAAGAACAAUACAUCGAGAAGACGUUUAAGCACAUCGUAAACGGUGAGCUCGUCCAGAUCCAACGCGACAGACCUCUCCUGAGGGACGAUGCUGUUCCCACCAUUUUUCCGGGCGCGCCAAGUUAUUUCACCCGAAGCCUCCCCAAAAAAAGAAAAACAAGAGAUUUGUGCCACCAAGUGUUGCCUCCUCGUAAACGAAAAAAGCAGGAAGAAAUCUGCGAUGCCGUAGAUAUUCAAGGCGAUGAGACAAGCUCAACGUGGACGCACGAAUCCGUACAUAUUCAGGACGAAGAGAGAAGCUCAACAGCGAAGCAGCGGUCUGGUACAUCCCAGUUCUACAGCAACCUGCAUUUGCCAACCUCCUACUGGUCGAAGAUUGUAUUCGAAGAGGACCCGUCGUCGGUACACUACGCAUGGUGUGAACCAGGAAGCAACAGUCAUGUGAAGACUACAAAGUUGGUUACGUUCUGUUCCCUCAGUGGUGAAAAUACAGCGCGCUGCUGCGUGUACUUCCGCGCUGUGAAGAUCAUCGACAUCGAGGUGCACACCUCUGCUGAAGCUGAAGCUCAGCUAAUGAGUGCAGAAAACUCAGCCAUGUGCCCUGGAGCAACACUCAAGCCACUUGUGGGGAAAAACUAUGUGACCUUUGGCAACAAAUACUUUUCGAAGGACUGCACUGGCCGUCCACAAAAUGAGCAGCCGUGCUUACGUUGCAGGUACCUUAAAAAGCUUAUCCAAAACCAGAUGUCAAGGAAAAGGAAGAAGACGUCUAGCUCCACCAAGAAGCAAUCGAGAAGAAGACACGCUCUGUUCAAGGCGAAAAAGAAGCUGCUAGUGGCAAGGAAGACGAUUGAACAGCUUCAGGCUCAAAAUGAUUCUCUGCCCUCAACAAUCAUCCAAGAGCGGUUGGCGGGCUUGCCACCAAAACAACGAGCUGCUGUCACUUGCUGUUUCGAUGCAGCUUCAAGGAAAUCACGUCAAGGGAUGAAGUACGACAAGUCUUGGAUCCUAGAAUGUAUCCUCAUGCGAAUGAGAAGCCCAAAACUCUAUGAACACAUCCGAAAGCAGAACAUUCUCGCGUUGCCUUCUAAAUCUUGCCUGCAGACCUAUAUACGUGGCUUUAAAAGUGGAUUUGGUUUCAAUCCAAACGUGUUUUCUGCUUUGUCACAGAAAACAAAAGAAAUGGAUGAAUUCAGUCUUCACGGAGGUAUUGUGUUUGACGAAAUGAAGUUGUCGGAGCAUGUGAGCGUCAAGUCAUCGGGAGCACUGGAAGGUUUCGUUGACCUCGGCUCAUUUACUCCUGGGGACCAGAAAACAACGACGUGCGACCAUGGCCUGGUCGUGAUGUUCCAGCCCUUUCAAGGCGACUGGACUCAAGUCCUUGGAACAUUCGCUUCUCGGAGCAAUGUGAAGGCAGGCACCCUCUCAAAGAUCCUUCUAGAGGCUACUCUCCUCGCCGAGCAGGCUGGCCUUUUCGUCGACUUCGUUACCUGCGACGGAGCUUCCUGGAAUCGAAGUAUGUGGAAAUCCUUUGGCAUAAAAGCAUCCGCAAAGGAGAUCUGCUGCAAGGUGCGUCAUCCCGUCGACAGAAGGAGAAGUUUACACUUUCUUUCCGACUUCCCACAUCUUAUCAAAUGCAUCCGCAACACUGUAGUGUCAACUGGUGUGCAGACUCCUGAUGGUCAUGUCCGCAUCGAGCAUGUUGAGGAGGCGUGGAAAUGUGAUAAAGCAAACGUGAGACUUAAGGUUAUGCCCACCAUAACGAAAGCACACUUGCAUCCUAAUCCUUUCGAAAGGAUGAAGGUCAACCUGGCCUUCAAGCUUUUCAGUGAGGAGGUGCUCAAGGGCCUGUUUUUUUACAAGAAUAGGAUGGGAUUUAGAUCCAUCACACCAACAGAGAACUUUGUGAGACUGAUGGAGAGACUUAUAUUCGUUAUGACGGCUCGAAUCCCAUCCAAAGCGUUGAAACCACAGAAGUCGCGUGCUGCAUUCUUAGCAGAUUUUCUCAUCUACCUUAAUGAGUGGGAAAUGUAUGCCAGCAAGCACAACGGUGGCUUCAUUAGUGCAAGCACAGCCUUGGGCCUGCGUGUGACGAUAAGCAGUACGCUUUCCCUUCUGGACUAUUUAACGUCUGUGCUGGGGUAUGACUACCUUCUCACUGCAAACUUAAGCCAGGACAAAAUGGAGAAUUUUUUUUCUCUCGUGAGACAAUCAUAUGGGUGCAAUGACCAUCCUACGCCAGAGCAGUUUUUGCUGAUCGUUAACUGCCUAAGUUUUUACAACUUAGCAAAGCCCCUAAAGUCAGGGAACUCUUCCCCAGAGCUGCUAACUGCCCUCCUUAAGUCCGCUGAGGCCCCAGGCCAAGGUGAGACCCACAUUUCAAGUCUUGUGGAUGAACUCCUAGAUGGCGGCAACUGGGAAGGUGCUGACACGAUAAUCACAGCCACAGGGCAUGACACUCAGUGUCCUCCCAGCACUGCCCCGUCAAAAGAAACAGCAUCAAUAGGGAAGCACUCUAGCUUAGUGAGUGAAAGAAGUGACAGUAGGCUGAUCUAUUACAUUGCUGGUUAUGUUGCACGUAAAAUGAUAAAAAAAAAUCCGUGCUCCGAGUGUGCUGCAGAACUCGCUGUGCUCCCGCUGCAGGCUGAGCAAAAUCCUAACUCGUGCUUCACAAAAGCUUUUGACCAUGGUGGUCUUCUUUACCCUACUGAAGCCUUGUCAAACUUUGUGACUGCGUUGGAAAAUGCUUUCACUGUUUUUUUCAGCCACAACGAGUUGCACUGUUCCAGUGUCGUAGAUUUUUUAUCUUUUUUACAGAACCUUUCAUUUGACCGCAUUGGCUGUGUCGAGCACACUAAGUUGACCACUGCGAAUUUAUUGAAGUUCUAUGUGCUGACUAGAUUACACUUUUAUACAAAGUCGGUCAACAAAGAGAGAGAAUCCCGAAGGGAAAGGCAGAAGCUCCUCAAGAAGAGGAGGCUGGAGUAAAUACAGGGUGCUCCAACCAACAGUGAAAAUAUGUUUUUAAGCAAAGCACACUGGAUAUUAAAAAAAAUUAUUCCUUUGGAAUGGCUUUAUCGACCAUGGGGAGGUAAAUGAGUCCAAUACAAGGACUAAUGAACUAAAAUGCAAUAAUUGACUUUUUACAUACUUUAGUUAGGGUAGGUGUUUAUGUUGAAAAAUUCAAGGUGGCCGAAUUUCAAGAAUGUUUCUUUUUGUAGAGGUAACCUAACCAGCCUGUGUUCUGGUGUAU